CAGCAUAUGCGCGAGGCUGCUGAGAGGCGUCAGCAGUUAGAGUUGGAACAUGAACAGGCCCUGGCCGUCCUCAGUGCCAAGCAGCAGGAGAUUGACCUACUGCAGAAGGCUCAGGUUGAGGCGAAGAAAGAACAUGAAGGCGCCGUCCAUUUGUUAGAGAAUCACUUGGACAGCAUGCAGGCGAAGGUGAGGGAGUUGGAGGAGCGAUGUCGAUCUCAGAGCGAGCAGUUUAACAUGCUGUCGAAGGAGCUUGAGCGCUUCAGGGUGCAGGCUGGGAAGUUGGACCUGCUCGGCUCCGGACAGCUGACGGGAGGAGACAUGGCCGACUCGCCCAGCAAAUCACAAUCGCUGCACUCGCUCCUCAACGGCCUGGGCAAGGGAAACGAAGGCUCCUUGAGCAAGUCUAUGAUAUCGGAAUUCAUUCGACCUCUGCAGAUGAGCUCGGGAGAGAAGGCGGAGCUACUGUCUGUCAAAACCAGUUUCCUGUCUCGGAGCACACCCUCCAGCCCCCGGCGAACCUGUCUCUCCGAGGUCCGUCCAAUCCUCACUGCUGCUAUGGAGAGAGAACUGAACCUGUCUCCUCGUGCCAAGCCCCGGUACGUGGGAAAGGUCCGGCUGUGUGUCGCCCGCUAUAAUUAUAAUCCAUAUGACGGCCCUAAUGAGCAUCCAGAGGCUGAGCUCCCCCUGGUGGCCGGGAAGUACCUUUACGUUUACGGGACAAUGGAUGAAGAUGGCUUCUAUGAAGGGGAGCUGUUGGACGGCCAGCAGGGCCUCGUCCCCUCCAACUUUGUGGAGUUUGUCCAUGAUGAUGAAUUCACCUCAUCCUCGAAAGAACCGUCCUACCUCAACUUCACCUUCAACCACAGCAGCAGUCCAGCGUCGGUACCGAGCAGCGCAGUGAGCACGAUCAGUACGCUGCUCUGUGAAAAACUGGAGGCCCUGAGCUCCUGCACGGGCACAGGGACGAGCAGCAGCAGUGGUGUUAGCAGCAUGGGAAUAGGCAUCGACCUGGGUGUCAUGAGUUCCGGCUUGACCACUGAGCCCCUGGCGCCAUGCGGCACGAGUACGAGCACGGUCAUGCUGGAUGUAAGCGUGGAUGAAGUCGGAGAAGACAUAGUGCCUUACCCGCGGCGCCUGUCACUCAUCAAACAGCUUGCGAAGAGCGUGAUUGUGAGCUGGGAGUCUCCUCAUGUGCUGCCCGGCUGGGGAUCCAUCAGCGGCUACAAUGUACUGGUGGACCAGGAGGUUCGCAUCAGUGUUCCGUGCAUCGCUCGCACCAAGUUUCUGGUGGAGAAACUGAACCUGGUGUCACGCGCUCACCGUAUUUCGGUGCAGAGCGUGACGGAGCGAGGCCUCUCGGACCCGCUGCGCUGCACGCUGAUGGUCGGGAAGGACGUCACGAUGGCGCCCUGCCAGCUGCGGGUAGAAAAGGUGGCUCAGAACUCAGCUGAGCUCUCCUGGAUGCCCAGUGACAGCAGCUACAGCCAUGCCAUCUUCCUCGACGGAGCCGAGUACGACGUGGUCAAACCGGGAGGGUACAAGUACCGCUUCUACAACCUCAAACCAAUGACUGUGUACAAGGUGCGUGUGGUGGCAAGACCGCACCAGAUGCCCUGGCACUUAUCUUUAGAGCAGAGAGAGAAGAAUGAGAUCAUGGUGGAGUUCUGCACUCAGCAUGCAGGUCCGCCUUUACCCCCGCAAGACGUCCAGGUGCAUUGUGGGUCAUCUCCAGGGAUGCUGCAAGUGCGCUGGAAACCUCCUCCCCUCACACCAAGCGGCACCUCCAACGGUGCCAACGUCAUGGGCUACAUGGUCUGCACAAAAGGUCAAAAGAUCGCAGAGGUGAUGUUCCCCACAGCGGAAUACGUGACAGUUGAGCUGAAUCGUAUCCAGGGCCUGGAAGCACGUGAGGUUGUCGUACGCACCAUUUCAGCUCAAGGCGAGUCGCAAGACUCCAACGCUGCCUCUAUCCCUCACAGCCUACUGCCGCCUCCACCACACCCUCCGCCGCCUCCCUUUCCCCCAAACUACCCACAAAGCUUCCCUCAUCCACAACCACAACUACAACCAACACCAACCCCACACACACAGCCGCUACCUCCUCCUCACCCUCAACCCCAAAUACACCCUUCACCUUCAGGUCAGCCUUUCCCCAAACCCAAACUCCUCCCAAGUGCCCGAGAUGCCCACGCCAAAGAGCCGGAGGCAGGCAGGAGGCAGUGCCAGCCCUGGGAGCCUCACCAACGAGCCCCAUCGCCCCUGCCACCCCAAACCCCUGAGGUUCAUGGCCUGGAGCCGCCAGCACCACCACCACAUGUGACCCAGAGGAUCCUGCCCCAGCCUCAGGGAACACCCAUCUCCAACACUUUGGCUCGCGCCAUGGCAAGGCAGGCGGCCCAGAGACAUGGCGCCAACCACAAGCCGGAAAGAAGGAACAUCUUCAGUGAAAGGAAUAAUACUCCUCACUCAGACGAGGAGGACGAUGUUUACGACUUGACCCACACCAGGCGUAGAGGAGCCUCAGUGGACGACUUUCUCAGGGGCUCAGAACUGAGCAGACAUCACCCACAGUACUCCCACAGCGAGGAGUACUGCACGGAGAGCAGCCGAGGUUCCGAUCUGUCCGACAUCAUGGAGGAGGACGAGGAGGAUCUGUACUGUGAUAUGCAGCUGGAGGAAGGCCGCCGGCGGAGCAUCAGCUCACACAACGCACUGAAGGCGUACUACAGACGCCAGGACCUGAUGGAGGAGCAGGAUAGCUGUAACUGGGACCUGCAACGAGAGGUGGUGCGCCAGCGCUCGAUUCGCUCCCCCAAGCGCCUCCACAGCAUACCUGAGGUGGCCGAGGAAGAGCAGGAAGCCGGGGCGGAGCAGAAAACGCGGAAGGAGGAAAAAGCAAGAGAGUCUGAACGGCUUUCUGUAAACACCAACAUUCUGAAGCAGUUCCAGCGGCGCCGAUGCUUUUCAGCAGAAGACAGAACCUUAACAUGGGGCAGCCGGCAGAACACAAAAAGCCCAGACAGUGGCCUGGACUGUGGGAGCGAGGAUGAGAGCUUACUGGCCCCCCGCAGUGGCUGGAACUGGCAUUGCAGCAGUAGCAUCCACAGUGAGGGCCCCGCAGAGCGCCGUGCACUGGCGACAGGCAGGAAGAGGACUCUUACGCGCCAGUGUGGCAUGGAGGAGGACCUACUGGACGCAGCCGGUGACUUAAGGGAGUCAUACCACCACUACUACCGUCCACAUAUCUAUCACCAUCUUCACCAUCUCCAUCGGCCUCGGCACAGGUUCCGGAGCGAGAGCAGACUGAGCGAGGUUGGAAGAAGCUAUAGCAGGGACAUUAGGGCUCACUCUGUGGCCAGACUCAACAGAGCUGUGGAUGAACCACUGACUUUAGGGAACUCUUCCUCCAUGGGCCGUGCAGAUCGACUGGAGCAGUCCAGCCAUCGGAUGAGUCAUGGAUGUCCACCCCCUCAACGAAGGCCCAUGAUGGUUCCUUCCAUUGAGAUCACAAUGGAGAAUAUCAGUGAAGGGAGUGAGGGGAACCACUCACCUGUCAAGGAUGACGUUUACUAUGGCAGUGUAGUGCGCUACAGGAAAUGCCCACCACUACGCUCAGAGGAACCAUAUGGCGGUUACAGAGGACGAGCCAGGCGUUCACCAGACUACUUUGAUGAUUCGGAGAUGGACAACCUGGCCAGGAUUUUUGUAGCACUGUUUGACUACGACCCCCAGUCCAUGUCCCCAAACCCAGACGCAGCAGUAGAGGAGCUUCCCUUUAAAGAGGGGCAGAUCAUAAAGGUGUUUGGAGACAAGGACAUAGACGGGUUCUACAGAGCGGAAGUCUGUGGUCGUAGAGGUCUUAUCCCCUGUAACAUGAUAUCUGAGAUUGAGACAGAGGACGGCGAGAUGAUGGACCAGCUUCUCCAGCAGGGCUUCCUACCCCUAAACACACCAGUCGAAAAAAUCGUCAACUGCGAUCGUUUCAAAGAUGGCCGCUCGCUAAAUCGCAGGUUUCGGAAAUCCAAGAGAGAGCGGAACAGGAGAAGUGGACGGCACCCGAUGUCCACGCACCGAAUGGUGGCUCUGUAUGACUAUGACCCCAGGGAGAGCUCGCCAAACGUAGAUGUAGAGGCUGAGCUGACCUUCUGUGCUGGAGACGUGAUAGCGGUGUUUGGGGAAAUCGAUGAAGACGGGUUUUAUUAUGGCGAACUUAACGGGCACAGAGGUCUGGUGCCCUCCAACUUUCUGGAAGAAGUGCCUGAUGAUGUUGAUGUUUUCCUCACUGAGCCACAGGAUCAACCAGGCAGGACCAAGAGCAAAAGGAAGAAGAGCGUUCAUUUCACACCGUAACGGCUCAGUGCACCUCACGUCCCAUGGCGCAGUUACCAUGCUGAAAGGUGAUAGAUUACAUCCGAGACUGGUAAAUUAUAAACUCGUCUUUUUCUCUUUAUCACCAUUAAUUUGAUCAUAAAAAUAAUACAAAUAAAUAUAUAUAUAGAUAUGAACAUUUCACAUCUCACAAAUUCCCCUGAAGGUCUGAUAUCGUAAAUAAUUGUGAAAUAUUAAUCCUGGCCUUCAUUACAGCAAAGUUAUAUUUAGAAAGGAGUGAGUUUGGGACAUGCAUCAUUUAGUUGUUGUUUUACUCCGUGUGUAGAAAACAACUACAUCUAUGUAGUAAUCAUAGAUAUUCAUAUUAGACUGCUAUAGCGUAAAAUACGUAUUGUUUACUGUUUUAUCGCACUGCUUCUUCUGUAACUUAUCGUAAUACAUCAGUCUUUUCAAUUGAACUGCAUUGGUAGAUUUGAAAAUGCAUUAUUUUUCCUACCAGUUCAACUGAUCAACAGAUUUACAGGCUAAGACCAGUCACUUUUACCAAUUUUAAAAAAGAAAAUGUAUGUUUUUUACAUGUAGAUGAUGUUGCUGUGAAACAUCCCAGAUUAUUUUCUCCAGGUUUCUCUGUGUAUAAUAUGUAUAUCUAUGAUCCCAAUCUACACUGUACUACUUUAAGACAAACAAGAAAACUGUGUAUAUUAUGAUUAUGAAUAGGAUGAUGAUGAUAAUGAUGAUAAUGAUUAUUAUUAUUAUAGAUGCCAAAAUAUUCAAAGCAUCUUUUUAUGCAUUUUUUUAAUCUCUCUCGAAUGUAGCAAUUCCAUCGUAAAUUUUUAAAUUUUUUUUAUGAAGAGGAGAGGAAGGGAACACUUUUACAUCUAUUCGGAACACAUACAUAGAGUGAAGCCAUAUACACAGUUGAUAUUUGGCAUGACUUUGUCGCUGCGUACUGUACGGUGGCCCUCUUGGGACAGAAAGGACUUGGUGGAGAUGGAGGGUUGGAUAUGCAGAGAGAAAAAAUGGCUUUUUUUUCCUCCUGAACUUUCGCUUACGGGUCUCCCAUUAGGUUCCUGUGGAAAAAGCAGGGGGCUCACUGAGACGAAUCGCCACCUCCAUGGUGCGCCCCCACCAGGGCUCUGACCCCACCUCCCAGGGGCCAGAGAGACCCUCCGUGCGACGGCCCAAAGCCAAGCCUAAGAAACAAGGAUUGCUCUCCAGAGGAAAGAACGUGUUGAAAAGACUCAGUGCUGUAAAAUAGUUGGAGACACUUUUCCAUUGGAUCUGGAUGGAGGUGGGAAAGGGAAGGGUGGGAACUAGGAUUUUCAUGACUACUUGUUAAACUAGUCAAGUUUUUAAUACUUUUAAAUGAACCUAGGACCCCCUUCCCCAAUUAUAUUGACCAUGUGACACAAUUUUUGGUCUUGGGUAGUAGGUCUUAUUGUCUAACUGCUUAUGCCUCAAAACUUUACCUCUUAAUAGCUCUUAUUCCUUUUGAGUUUUCUGUCCAGAAUAUUAUGAAAUGUGCAUUUUUUUCCACAUAAAAUAAAUCAAAAAACACCAUUCUUAUGGCCUCGACCAGACUGGUCACAUGGUGGCAGAAGCAUAGUGAAUUUUAAGUCACUUGCCCACUUGCCCUCAUUCAACUUUUUCAAUCCAGUCAACAAAUUUCAGCUGUACAUGGUGAGACCGGAUGCUGCGAGGAGAGACGGGUAUGAAAACACGACCACAGUUGCUUUCUUGGCACUCCAAAGUUUUGUAGGGUUUGACUUUGCAGUUGCUUGAGUGGUCAUUGGGUUAUCACCAAAUUCUUCGAAUGUUCGUUGCUCUACAUAUUUUGAUAAUAAUCGAUACAGACAUAGUAAAAUGUCAUGCCGUGCUGAAAUGUUUCCUUUUAGGCAGCUGGAAUUAAAGUAAACUCAUUGGCUUUAAUGCCUCUGUAUUUACACUGCUAUUUAUAUUCCUGGAAACUUCUAGAAAGUCUGGUAGUGUUCAGGAAAAUGUUCUGGAAUGUUUUGGACAAUAGCGUAUUUUUAAAAUGCAUUUUCCAGAGCUUUUCCAGACUUUUAGAAAUUCCUUGAACUUACCAGUGUUGCUAUUUUAAACUUAUAAUGGGCAAAUUUGCAUCUCUUUCUUCACAAACUAAGUAAAAAACAGCAUAUUUUAAAUAUGUGCCUAUUUAUUUUUGACUCUUUGUUAAUAAAAAAAAAAAAUGCAUUGUCCCCUAUUCUACUCCCCCUGAACCCCCGCAAGUUUCGAAAAUCCGCAAGUUUUGGAGGGGGUUGACUGUAUUAAUAUUUGGGGGACGCCUUCAUCCAGAGCAACUUACAAUUAUCUUAUUUAUAGAACUGAGCAGUUGGGGGCCUUGCUCAAGGGCCCAGCAGUGGCAGCUUGGUGGUGUUGGGAUUUGAACUCAUAACCAUCUGAUCAGUCACCAGUGUCGUGGAGACAAGAGCAAGGUUUUUCUAUAUUUUUGCAGCAUAAGCAAUUAGCAAACAUGAAGUACUCCCCAGGAGCAAAAAAUGUUGCCUAAUGUUAUUUAUCACCUAACGAAUAUUAUCGUGUGAAAUCUAUCAGUAGAUUAUUCAUAGUAUAGUAUAUUAAUUAAUACUAGGAGUAUUUUUAGGGUUAAAGUGGUCUCUUGGUUGAAAUGACCUCCUAUCCAUCUAAAGUAAGAACCUGUCCAAGAUAUGUCUGGUAUCCAAAGUUAGCUUGUUGCAUCAGGGCUAGUAUAGCUAUGAACACUUACAGUUUCCAAUUUAGGAUCAUGUGUAAAUAUUUUUUUUACACUUCAGAGCGCAUUGUUCAACCAAUAGCAUUGUGAAUAGAUUUUCAUUUGAGCAAUAUUUUGAGGGAAUGUUUACUCCUUUAACGUCAUGAUGCUAAACUGUUAGCUUAAAAGUCUCCUUUAUUAUUACAUUAGCAUUCGCCUUGUAACGCUGGAGACAAAUAAAUUGAAUCGUCCUUUGGCUGAAAUGUGGGAAAAGAUCGAAUUCUAGCUGAAAUAUCACUAAAACUCGUAUCUACCGACAGCAGGCUAACACCUAGUAUACUGGGUUAACUACCAUCAAGUCAUUUUAGAUCUAAAAUAUCAGACUAAACAAGUACUUCUACUCAUUUCGUGUCACAUUGUACUGCUGACUGCCCAAAGUUUUAUUAGAAAGACAGAUACGGCCACUUAAAUUAAAAAUUAGCACAAACUAAAACAAGUGUAGCACAAAUUAUAGUUGUUUUUUUGUCAAAUUAUAAUAUAGAGUAUAUAUAGAUUUGUAUAUUUAUGAAUAUUUAUGGAUUUACAGAUAGUAUAUAUGAAACUGCAUCAAUGCACCCCGCCACUUUUGACUAGUUUCCCAAUUUUGGUUGGUCAUGAAACUCCUACACUCAGCCUCCUUAUAGAUGCCUUAUAAACUGUGCACAAUGGUUUGUGUUGCGUCAGACAGACAGGUGGGACUUGUGAAGUUUUUACGUUCGUAUUGUCUUGUCAACAAAAAUGUCUUUUUGUUUUUAAUAUUCAAAUUAUUCAUAUUUAUUUAUUUACAUCUUAAUUAUUAAAGUAUGCAUCCUUUUUUUCAGCUAACAAUUAGCGUCAUGAAUGUAAGGUGAUGAGAACGCUGGCAUGGUCUUUGAGCUGAUACUGUACUGUAUUUUCUCAACAACAAAUAUAUAUAUUUUUCUUUUUCUCUUCAUCUUUCCAUUUGCACAUUCUCUCUAAUGCAGACAUAAGUUUGGACUGAGACUGCCAAAAAAUUAUAUUAAUAAUAAUAAUAAUAUAAAAAAAAAAAAAAGGAAUGUACAAAAACAUUCUGUAUAUCUUGUACAAUUGUCGGCCAAAUACUAGACAUUUUAUGUCAUCAGAAUAAUUGUAUAUACACAUAUAUAAAUAAAUAUAUAUACACACACACAAACAUAUAUAUAAAUAUAUCCUUUUUUUUCUUUUUUUAUUCAAGUCAGGAGAUCAUAUGUUGUCGAGCAUUGCUUCUACAUGUCGUCCGAGUGACUUGCUGCUCUUUUUGUACCUCGUCCAUUUGUACAUUCUUUUUAAAUGUUUAUACUUGCUUUUCAGACUGCCUUUUUUGUACAUUCGACUUUAUAUUCUUGACAGUGCAAGCUUUUUUCCCUCAUGGUGUCUUCAAAACCAUAACCUUUCAAGGUCUGCAACUGUGUGCUAGCAUUAAGGUGAAGAAAACAAACACGUGGAAAAAACGAGCCUAUGUUGACGGAUAUCUAACAUCGUGUGGGUGUGCAUGUGCAAAAGAAAAAUGUUUUUUGUUUUUGUUUUUUUUUUAAUUGAAAUAAAUUUGAUAUUUUGUACAAA